AUGAUGGCGUGCAUGACUGUGCAGCCCCUGGCAACUGCCCGGCCCUGUUUCGCGAGGGCACUGGGGGCAGGCCCCCUGGUGGGCCCACGCCCCUCCGGCACAGCUCAGGGCUGGAGGAUCGCGGCUGAGAAGACCGAGUCUGCGCCCAAGAAGAAGGUGGUGGAUCGGCCCAUCUGGUUCCCGGGCAACGACCCGGAGAUUCCCGACUACCUCGAUGGCACCCUGGCCGGAGACUACGGCUUCGACCCCCUAGGCCUUGGCUCCGAGCCGGAGCAGCUGCGCUGGAAUGUCCAGUCUGAGGUCUUUCACGCCCGCACCGCCAUGACGGCAGUGGCCGGCAUCCUGGCCGUGUCAAUCCUGCACGGCGCCAACCCCGCGGUGCCGCAGUGGUACGACGCGGGCAAGGUCUACCUGGAGCAGAACCCCAACGUGUCCCUGGGAGCGCUGAUCUGGACCACCAUCGCACUGAGUGGGUUUGUGGAGUUCAAGCGCCUGGCGGACUGGAGGAAGCCUGGGAGCCAGGCCGACCAGUGGUUCCUGGGGAUCCAGAAGGAGUUCAAGGGAAAGGAGAAUGGCUACCCGGGCGGUGCCUUCUUCGACCCCUUGGGGUACUCUCGCGGCAGCGAGGCCAAGUACCAGGAGUACAAGUGGAAGGAGAUCAAGAAUGGCCGGCUUGCCCUGGUGGCGCUGGUGGGCUUUGCGCUCCAGUACCUGGCAACCGGAAAGGGACCCCUCGACAACCUGGCCGACCACCUGGCCGACCCGGUGGAUGCCUGGCAAGCCGGCGACGUCCAGCUGGACUCCGAUGAGCUCAAGGACACCAUCCUCUUCCAGGCCACGCGCCAGCGCGCAGCUGCCCUGCAGAUCAGCUUGAGACAGGGGAGUGGGCGCCACCACGUCCGCCGACCGACGCAGGUGGCGCUCCCUCCCCUGCCUCCUCCACCCCCGGAGGUGACUGAGGAGGAGACCGUGCUCCAGGAGGAGGAGGGGGCAGCGGCCGCAUCGGUAGCAGGCAUGGCGGCGGAGGGCCAGGCGAGGCCGGCUGCCACCCCCCCGGUGCAGCUGGCGCCCCACCCCAGCCCAGCGUGCACGAUGCCGGCGUCCUCCCAGGGCCGGCCCUCCCGCUCGCAGACGAGGGUGGAGGGCGUGCCCGAGUGGUUCACGGCCGCCAGGGGGGAGGGGCCUCGCCGCAGCGCCCCGCUCCGUCAGCCCCGGGCCACGCCGCGCCCCGCCUUCACGCCCGUGGAAGGGGUGCCGGAGCGUGACAGCGUGGCGGGCCCAGGCGCCGGCUGGCCCCGGGGCUGGCUCCACAUGGCCGGCGGCGGUGCGGAUGCCGGCGACGGCGACCCCGCCACCGCAUCGACCGGCCGGGCUCGGUCUGCAGAGGGCCGCCGCGGGUCCCUGGACAGGACCCUGGACCUGCGCACCCCCGAGCCCGGCGAUCCCACGCCGCCUCAGCCCCAGCCCGGGCCGGUACCGCAGUCGGACGACGACGACGACGACAACUGCGACUUUGGCGGCCAGGAGUAUGGUGACGGGUGGGACGACCAUGAUGACGGCGGCGGCGACCCGGUGCAGGACCCCACGCCAUUCGCAGAGGUGGCACACACGGGCACAGACGCCGGCGUGGCAGGCCCCACGCCGAGGCCCGCGCUCAACCCGGCACCCGCGCCGAAGCCGCGGCGACAGGCGCAGCGCCACUCGCCGGGGCACAGGUUGCGCAAUGAGCUCGGCAAGCGGAAGAGCCUGUCCAGCGCCCCCGGCAUCGGUCGCUAUGAGAUCGCGCCCGGCAUCCGGCGCUCCAGCCGCGCCCCGGAGCGGCCGCUCAUGUGGUGGCUGGGGGAGAACAAGGAGUACUCCCGCAGCGCACACAAGACCAUGCCCACCAUCCGCGCCAUCAUCCACCACGACCCCAACACGCCCUGGCAGACAGUGACAGACCCCUUCCCGGGGGCAAGGAAGCGACGCGACGCGCUCGCCGCGGCGAAGCUGGAGGCGCGGCUGGACGCCGCGGGCGACGCCGUCCCGCCGGCUGCAGAAGGCGAGGCCGAGGCCGCUGCCAGUCCCCUUGCCUGA